AUGGAUCGAGACCGCGACCGACGGCGCGACCGCGAGAUCCCACCCGAAGACCAGUACGGCACCGGCAGAGGCCAGUCCUACCGCCCUGGUAACACCGUCCGCGAGCGCAGUCCACCGCGCAUGGAUAGCUACCGUGCGCGCACGCCGACGCGGCGUCCAGAGUACGGGGACUCGUACAAAGCCGACUCCUACCGCGCACCACCUCGACCUCGAAGCCGCUCGCCCCCUCGACGCGACGAAUACCGCCGCCGUUCUCCGUCGCCCCGCUAUCGAGACCGCGAGCCACCAAGAGGAGGAGAUAGUUACAGAGGCAGGCCUCGAUCGCCGCCGAGGAGGGAAGAUCUGCCAAGAGAUGAUUUGUUUAGGAGAGAUCCCGUCCGUGAUGAGAGGGACUAUCGUGAUAUCAGAGAUCUCAGAGAUGAUAGGGACAGGGCAUAUGCUGGUGCCGCUGGACGCUCUCCGCUUCAUCGGUUUAGGGACCGUAGUGCAGGCCCGCUGAAGAGAACGAGAGAGCCGUCGCCAGUUUCCAGCAGGGGUAGGAGAUCUCCUCCGCCAGCAAAGCGUGAGAGACUGGUCAGUCCGCCACGCGGUGCAGGACGGUACGAUGACUAUCCACCUUCCCGUGGAGUGAGCCCUCCCAGACGCAGAUACUCGCCCGAUCCUCGAGACCGCCGUCCAUCGCCUCCGAGGGGGCCGACCAGAGAGUAUCGACCACGCUCGAGAUCACCGCCGGCUAGGAACGAUAGGGUCGAUCCGAGGACUAUUGACGAUUGGCGACGACCACGCUCCCCAGUCCGCGAGCCAAGACAGGAAUACUUGAGUCGUGACGAUUCUGGAGUGAACUCGAAUACCACCUCUCGCCGCUCGUCUCCCCCUGUCCACCCAAGCAGAGUUUCUCUACAUCCCGCAGCCGACGACAGACCACGAAGCAGCAGAGUGUCGCCACGGGACCCGUACGGAGACGAGCGCGAGCCUUACCGUGCUUCAGAUGUCGAUUCAAGACUUCCUCCAUCUCGCGACCCAGCAUACGACGACGAUCGAAGGUACGCCCAUGAUUGUGAGCCAGUUCCCCCUCCACGCGAACCUCGCCACGGUGACGAUACCAUUCCUACACCCAGAGCUCCACCAACCGGCCCAAGUGCACAACGUGGCGUAGCCAUGUCACCACCCACUGGGCCAGCAGCAAGUACACCGUCAGGACCUCGAGCCGCAGGAGCACCACCAGCUGGACCUCGUGGCGGACCUGCCCCCCGAGGAGACUUUGCCGGACGUGGUCGUGGUGGUUUUGGAGGUGACUUUGCACCAAGAGGCCGAGGAUUUGGAGUCCCAUUCCGUGGUGGCAGAGGAGGUGGUCCUGGUCCUGGCUUUGGACGAGGUGACUCAGGCUUUGGACGAGGUGAUUCGAGCUUUGGCCGCAACGAAGCAACCUUCGCCCGCAACGAAGCCACCUUCAGCCAACCUGACCCAGCAUUCGGCAACCGCCCACCUCCAUCUGGACCUCGCGGGUCCUUCUCUCAAGCGCCAGCCCCAGCAUUCCGCCAAAACAGCAACGCAACCGCAACAACCUACCCACGCACUCAGCGCUUCGGCAACGGCGACACCACCAUGCCAGACGCCCCAACAGGCCCCAAAGCCGCACGGCGCCCCACCGAACCCGCCAUCGCCCUACCACCCCUCAACCGGCCCCACCCAGCCCUCGCGGACCUCCCCAAACUCAUCGACGGCGGCCAACCCGCCGACCCGCUCAUCGACCAGUCGAAACUCCAUAAGCUGGAGGACGAAGCGGAGAAGCUGAGACGGCAGAUCGACGAGAAGGAGACGAAGAAGCGCAAGUCGCUGCGGGAGUGGGAUCGUUUGAGGAGCGAGACCGAGAUGGCCGGGUUGAGGAGUGAGUUGGCGGAGCAGGCGCUCAAGCAGCUUAAUGGCGAGGCGGAGAGUCAGGCGGCUUUUUAG